GAGCUAGGAGAAAAGAGAUCUUAAGAAAAUGGCUGACAUCUAAAGAGGUGAUUGAUAGGGUGGAGGUGUUUGGUUAUAGUGAUCCACUUAUCGAGAAAUCUGAGCUGGAUAAUAGUGGGAUGAGAGAUCGACACUACCUUCUCAAUUCAACAAACAGGGGCGAUGAUCACCAGAGGAGAAAGUACAUGGAGGUAGGAAGGACUUAUGUUGUAGCUGCUAAGUUUGCUACAGAGGAAGCAUAA